AAACUAUGGAAGAAUCCGCGAAAGUAGCAAUUUCCUAUGUCAAGGCGAACGCCAAAGAUUUUGGGAUUGACCCAAAACUUUUUGAAAAUGAUAUUCAUAUUCAUGUACCCAAAGGUGGGAUACCCAAAGAUGGCCCGAGUGCCGGCAUUGCCCUAACCACUGCCAUUAUUUCAGCACUUGCGGAUAAGAAGAUUCCGCGAGAUAUCGGAAUGACUGGGGAAAUUACUUUACACGGACAAGUUUCCGGAAUUGGUGGAUUACGAGAAAAAAUUAAUGCGGCUCAUCGGAAAGGGUUAAAAACUGUUUUUAUUCCCCAAAGCAAUGAAAAAGAUUCAGAGGACAUUUCGUCCGAAGUGAAAG